AGAUGUUGCAACAUCGCCCCCUAGCACCGAGGGGGUGUUGCCUCCGAGUGGCCAUAUUGAGAGGAGUGUGUGAUGUGGAGAGCAGUUCUGCUUGAAGAAAUCCUCCCUGCACACGGCCACUUGUGACGAUGGCGGCCAGUGAGAUGGAUGCUUUCGCGAGUGAAGAAAAGCGAAACCUGGAGCUCAGAGGCCAUGUGGGCUUUGACCGUCUUCCAGAUCAGCUGGUCAGCAGAUCAGUCGCUCAGGGGUUUUGCUUCAACAUCCUCUGUGUAGGCGAGACAGGGAUAGGCAAGUCAACGCUGAUGAACACUCUUUUCAAUACGACAUUCGAAAACGAGGAAGCCAGCCACUAUGAGAGCGAUGUGCAUCUACGCCCACAGACGUACGAUCUGCAGGAGAGCAAUGUCAACCUCAAGCUGACCAUCGUGCACACUGUCGGGUUUGGAGACCAGAUCAACAAAGACGAAAGCUAUAAACCGAUUCUUGAGUAUAUUGACACCCAGUUUGAAAAGUAUCUUGAGGAAGAGCUGAAAAUCAAGCGUUCCCUCUUCAACUACCACGACACAAGAAUCCACAUCUGCCUGUAUUUCAUCGCUCCCAACGGCCACUCCCUGAAGUCUCUGGAUCUCGUCACAAUGAAGAAACUGGACAGCAAGGUGAACAUCAUCCCUGUCAUUGCAAAGGCAGACACAGUUUCCAAGAGUGAACUGGAUAAAUUAAAGAUCAAGAUCAUGAGCGAGCUGGUCAGCAACGGAGUUCAGAUUUAUCAGUUCCCCACAGAGGAUGAGGCCGUUGCAGAGAUCAACUCCUCCAUGAAUACACAUCUUCCCUUCGCUAUGGUUGGAAGUGUAGAAGACGUUAAAGUAGGAAAUAAGAUGGUGAAAGCGAGACUGUACCCCUGGGGAAUAGUACAGGUGGAGAAUGAAAACCACUGUGACUUUGUGAAGCUGAGGGAGAUGCUGCUGCGUGUGAACAUGGAGGAUCUCCGUGAUCAAACGCACGCUCGGCACUAUGAACUCUACCGUCGCUGCAAGCUGGAAGAGAUGGGCUUCAAGGACACAGGCCCUGACAGCCAGUCCUUCAGCCUUCAGGAGACAUACGAAGCCAAGAGGAAGGAGUUCAUUGUGGAGCUGCAGCGCAAAGAGGAAGAAAUGAGGCAGAUGUUUGUCAGCAAAGUGAAGGAGACAGAAGCGGAGCUGAAAGAAAAGGAAAAAGAGCUUCAUGAGAGGUUCGAGCAGCUCAAGCGGAUGCACCAGGAUGAAAAGAAGAAUCUGGAAGAGAAAAGACGGGAACUGGAGGAAGAGAUGAACGCCUUCAACAGAAGAAAGGUUGCAGCUGAGACGCUGAUGGGACAGGCACUGCAGGGCUGCUCACAACAGCCUUUCAAGAAGGACAAGGACAAGAAGAACUUCUUUAGUCUUCCAUCUGCCUGCUCCUUAACCUCAGGAAGGAAUUUGAAUUAGAAGAUUUUCUACCACAGCAAAAUGAUCACAGACUAACAAUGAAGUGUAUUAUUUUCACAAUGUGAAAUAACAAGUUUUAUAGAAAUGCACUUAACAUCCCUGGAGGUGAGUCAGUCUGCAGUCUUCCCUGUCUACUAAACUCUCCUUGAAACUUUUAAGCAGUGCUCUGUAGCAUGGUCUCCGCAUGGCUCUUAACCUUCAUUCCCAUGAUGAUUAAAACGUCGUCAUAGCCAAACUUUCCGUUUUUGUACUAAAUGUGCUACCUUCUCUAAUCUGCCAUGUUUUGCUUGUAGUUUUUGACUGAGGACAGUUUACACUGUGAAGUAUAAAGUAUACUAUAAAGUGACGUAGAAUUGCUGUUAAAGGUUGUACAGAUUGAGCAUUAUAUUAUGAUUUACAUGCACUUUAAAUCAAUCAUAGUACAAAUAUAUUUACUCAUUAUAAAAGGUACAUUAUCAUGUUUACAUGUCAAACCCUUAUUUUGUGUCUGAAAGAUGUAGCUGGGAGUAUUUCUUAGUUUCAGACUUGUAUGUAAUGCUGUUACAUUAAAUAAGCCUAGAUGUAGACCAAUUCAGGAUUAAACCUGUGUCAGUAAAUCUGUAUGGUGGGUGUGAGUGGGCCCAUGACAAGAUUUGUAUAUCCUUGGUUAAUAAAGAGUUACUUUAUUGAAAA